GCUCGGCCGGAACCGUCGAAUGUUUCAAAAACACGAGAAAAUGUGCGGAUGCUGGAAAUCCAGAGUAACACGCGCAAAAUGCUGGAGGAACUCAGCAGGUCAGGCAGCGUCUAAGGAAAGGGGUAAAGGGUGGAUAUUCCGGGCCGAGACCCAUCCCCAGGACUCCCUUGACUGUUUAUUCAUUUCCAUAGAUGCUGCCUGACCUGCUGAGCUCCUCCAGCAUUUUUUGGUGUGUGUUUGAACCUGUGCCCUCUACUUUUAGACUCCCCCUACCCCCGGGGGCGGGGGGGAUACUCUACACUCGUGUCCACUGAAGCAACACCCUCACCCACUUCUCGCAUUUCAGCAGCUCGCCCCGACCCAAAAUCUUCGGAGUUUUCGCUCUCCCGGACUGAAGCACAACUUUUGAUCAGAAGUUUUCAGAGUUUGUUCGGAGAGCCGUGCACCAGAUUUGGGCACCCCUCCCCGUGCACUCUGACCCGCACGGUUAAUCUGCAUAAAACAAAGGCGAGGAUUUGAGCGGAGCAGGAACAAGUGUCGGCUGUGUGAGGGAGGGACCGACCGACCCGAGCGGAGGCUGCCGCCGCCGCCGCCCCGCACCGUGCCGGUCUGCAGGGCACCGUCCGUUCCCCCCACCCCCCCGGGCCGGGACUGGCCGAAUGCGAGAGCGGAGGAGAGAGUUCCGGGAGGCGGCGGGGAGAGGAUGGGCCAGUCGCCGGUCUCCAGUGCCCCGCAGUCUGCCAGCGGUGACGCCCCUCCCACUGUGUGCCCGGACUCUCCUCCUACCGUGCCAGUGACACCCCCACUGAGGCGGAAGAGCAAGCUGGCGUCCAUCAGCAACUUAUUCAAACCGUGGAAAUGGCGCAGGAAGAGGACCAGCCCGAAGUUCCAGGAGACCUCUGCGUUGCUGGAGCGGAAGAUGUCGGCGAGGCAAAGUAGGGAGGAGUUGGUCCGGAGGGGCGUGCUGAAGGAGGUUCCUGAUCCGGCUGGGAGCUCAGAAGUGACUGUUACGAAUGGACACAGCGUGCACACCAUUCCCAUCAAAGUCCAGCCAACGGAGGGGGGCUUGCUGGACGCCAGCUCGACGGACACCGGCCUGUCACAGAGAAUGGAAAUGUCUGAGCAGGGCCCCCCUGGUGAAGCCGGGCCCCCCCAGGGAGAAACACCAGCAUUGCUGCUCAGUGGGCGUCCCGACUGUACCCCAGUCGGUGCCACUGACGACGAUGACCUUGACAAGAUGAACGCCCUUCCAGUGCUCUCGAAACCCACCAAGAGGAACACCAACGUGGAACAUACGCCUUCCCCGUCGGAGAACCUCUCCUGCUCCACAUCGGCCCCCUUGUCCCCACCCUCGCUUCAGCCUGUGCUCAACACUAAGUUUCUCCUGAGCACCUCCGACAUCCCCGGCACAGGGGAUGCGCACACCAAGUCUCCGAGACAAUCUGAGCCCUCGUCCCAACCUUCUCCCGUGCUCCCGAGGCAAAGUGGACCAUCGCCGGACAGCCCUCCGCCCACCGAUCUCCUCGACGACAGUGCUGAGGCACAAAGGCCCCAGGCGGUCUCCGGUCAGGAUGUGACGCGAUCUGACCCCGAGAAGGAGGCAGAUACCACCCCUACGGGCAGCACCCUCUACCCUCAGCACAGUGCGGCCAAUGAAAAAAUGGAUGCUCCUGAUGGCCAGACAGGACUCGAAGAAGAUCUAAAGAGCAGCAGAGCGGUGGAAUCAGGAUGCUGUGACGUGGCGGGGGAGGAAGCGGAGGGCGUGAAGGAGAGGGGCCGAGUCCGCUUGUCACCCGAGAUGCCGGUGGUGGUGAUUCCUAGCUGGAAUGUUCCCGAGCCGUUGGUGAGCGACUCCGAUUCCGACCCAGUGCAGUACCGGAAUGACUCGGACGAGGAGGACGAUGAGGAAUCGUUAAACAGUGCGCUAGCCAUCAAGAUCCGGCGGAGGGACACGCUCGCCAGCAAACUCCGCCAGCGGCCAAGCAAGCAGGAGCUGGAGGAGAAGAACAUUCUGCCCCGCACAUCCAGUGAGGAGUGGACCGAGCUGCGACAACAGAUCGGGAACAAGCUCAUCAGGCGCCUGAGCCAGAGACCCUCGCUGGAGGAACUGGAACAGAGGAACAUCUUGAGAUACCGCAAUGAAGAGGAGGAGCAGGAGGAGCGGCUGGAGAUCCGGAGGAGGCUGACACGCAAGCUCAGUCUCCGCCCUACUGUUGCCGAGCUGCAAGCUCGCCGCAUCCUGCGCUUCAAUGAGUACGUGGAGGUGACGGAGGCCCAGGACUACGACCGGCGGGCGGACAAACCCUGGACCCGUCUCACACCCGCUGACAAGGCUGCAAUACGGAAAGAAUUAAAUGAAUUCAAAAGCAGAGAGAUGGAGGUUCAUGAAGAGAGCCGACACUUAACAAGGUUCCACCGGCCAUAAGGCAGCCAGCCGUGAGCGACCCGACCUGAGCAAGUAUCGACAACGGUGCGUUGGUUGAAUCACAGCGAAGGCUACUCGUGACUUGACGUGUGUUCCGUGCACCCUCCCAUGUCAGCGGCUGGUGCUCAACAGCGAGCUGGCCAUGCACGCUACAACAAAACAAACACACACACAAAAAAAAACGAGAAGUUUUAAUAUCUAAGUAUUUUUUAAAAGAUCCUUUCUCAGUGGAAGCAGGCUAGCUUCUUUUGUUGUGGCUGUCGUGGGAAAGUGGAGAUGAUGUCACUCUAACGGAAGUGAUCCUUGAGAAUGAGGGACCCUCGUGCAACGGCGGAUUCAGAGGUGGAGCUAUACCUAUCGGUGACAGUGGACAGGUUAUCCAGAGUCAGACGUUGUGCGUAUGUGUUGUGUUCUGCCGUGUGGAAAUUCAUAGCCGGUAUUUUGGGAGGGGUGGGGGAGCAUUUCUCCUGCUGUUUAUUAACCGGCUUCAAUUUACGCUCCCUCCUGAAGAACCAGUAGCAGGUGGGAAGGGGGAAUUAUUUUUCAAUGUAACUACAUCAAGUGACUACUGCUGUCAAUUUAGCGCAGAGAGUGAUGUGAGCUGUGUCUCAGAGCAGUCAACCACUCCAGUUGUCCAUGCUGAAUGAGUCUUUAGUCUGAACUUGUACCUUAUUACUUAUCUCCCUCUCUGUAUCUCUUUUUAACCCCUCGCCCUCUUACUCCUCAGACUGUGUUGGUCAUUGAUGCAAAAUAACCCUAAGUCAGCCAUGAUGGAAUGGCGGAGCAGAUUUAAUGGGCCGAAUGGCAUAAUUCUGCUCCUAUGUCUUGUGGUCUAAAAUGCCAGCCACAUUAUACUCGUGCAACAUUGGUGUACAUCAUAAUGUAUCAGAUAUUCUACUUCUGUUAUCGCCCCGGCAGACUGUUCCAGGCAUCUGCAACACUCCGUUUUUAAAAAGCAAAACAUGCACUGUGUUUCCAAUGGUGGAAGAGUCUUGGACCAGAGGGCAUCAUCUCAUAAUAGAAUGGAGAUGAGGAGGAAUUUCUUUAGCCAGAGGGUGGUGAAUCUGUGGAAUUUGUUGCCACUGGCGGCUGUGGAGACCAGGUCAUUGUGUCUGUUUAAAGUAGAAGUUUGUCGGUUCUUGAUCAGUCAGAGUGUCAAAGGCUACGGGGAAGAAGGCAGGAGAAUGGGGUUGAGAGUGAUAGUACAUCAGCCAUGAUGGAAAGGCAGAACAGACUCAAUGGGCUGAAUGGCCUCAUUCUGCUGCAUGUCAUAUGGUGCUCAUUGAUGCUAAUUUGUUCCAUUUGCGGGAGUUUCAGAUUCUGCUCCCAGUGACCUGAGGCACAGACGUAAAAUUUUACGAUCUCCCCGCAAUAUGUACAGUUCAGAGCAAUAGAGAUACACUGAGCCAGGUUCUCGGAUGCAUGGAUUUGCCGGAGGGAGGGCAGCUCUCUGCAGACGGAAGGGGAUAGGUGGGGAUUGGGAAGGGGCUGUACAGGUGGGCUCUGUGCCAGUCAGUAAGUGGGUGUUUGCAGAGUCACUUGAGACAGGAAAUGAACAACUUCAAUUUGCUGUUCUGCAAUAGAGAGAUAUUUUCUUUAGGCAUGCACUCUCCCUCCCACUGGCACUCCUGUAAUUGGAGGGUGGGAUUCAAGAGUUGAUGAUCCUUCACCCACCACUCCCCAAUGCUGAGCUCCCACUGAGCCCUGGGGACCACUUACAGAGCGAGGGCCUCCCAGCCUCCUGUUAAAUUCACCUCUUCGAGAGUUCAGCCUUGUAAUGGAACAGAACUGUUGCCCUCCCAGGGGGGAGGACCACCUCCUGCGAUGCCCUUGGGACCAAACUGGCAUAAAUUAGACUAGAUGAGAGAGAUUGGCUUUAUGUUAUCAAACAUGCUGUGAAAUGGAUCGUUUUGCAUCAAUGACCAGCACAGUCCGCAGAUCGUAGUGGGGCAGCCCACAAGUGUCGGAGCCAACAUGGCGUGCCCACAGCUCACUAACCCUAAGCCAGAUCUGAGGAAACCCAUGCAGUCACGGUGAGAAUGUACAAAUGGCGGCAGGAAUUGAACCUGGGUCGCUGGCUCUGUGCUACUAUGAUCCUGAAGCCCCGUUCCUGACCAAGGAAGGCGGAGGUGGUGAGGGAAGAUUUUUUUCCCAAUGAGAAUCAACUGGAUCACUCUUUUCCAAUGCCCAUUGAGGGCAAGCCAAGGGGAUUGCAACAGACGGGUCAUGUGGGCUGUCCAGUAAUCAAAAUAUCAAUGGUACAUUCUCUGGGAGUGAUUGGACAGGAGGUGGAGAGAGAGAGUUGGGACAUCACGAUUUGCACAAAGCUAUUACAGCUCGGGGUAAUCUGGAGUUUGGAGUUCAUUACUGACGCCAUCUACUGUGGAGUUUGUACGUUCACCCCGUGACCGUGUGGGUUUCCUCUGGGUGCUCCAGUUCCUCCCAUGGUCCAAAGCCAUACUGGUUAGUAGGUUAACCAGUCACUUUAAGCUGUCCUGUGAUUAAGUUAGUGUUAAAUUGGCGGGUUGCAGGGUGGUGCGGUUCACUGUGUUGGAGGAGCCUGUUCUGCUCUGUAUCUCUAAACAAUAUAAAAUACAAUAGAGAGAGGGAAUGCUUUUUAGGUGGAAAUUUCCCAGGAGUGGGUUUUAUUUAAACAGUUCUAACAUGCCGUGAGAGAAUGUUAGGCCUGAAGCUUGUUCAUGUGGACAGAGAGUGGAGCAAAGAGCUUAAGGUUUUUGUAUACAUACCAACUUAUUGUGAAUUUAAAACCCUCCUUUUUAACUGUGACCGACUCGGUCGGUAGGUCGGUACAGAGUAAUGUGUAAACUUGCACACUGCCAGAUGUUGGCACAUUGAUGGUGUUCUAAUGUAUUUCCAGAUGCUGAGACAUGAUGUGUAACUAUUCUGUUGCCAGAUGUUUGAAUAUGGUUAUGUAUAAUCCAGAUGUUGGCAUGUGAUGGUAUGCCAUACAGUGUAUUUCCAGAUGCUGAGACAAGAUGUGUAACUAUUCUGUUGCCAGAUGUUUGAAUAUGGUUAUGUGUGACCCAGACGAUGGCAAAGAUGUAUGACCCACUGUGUUGCCCAGAUAUUGGCCCACAGUGCGAGCCAGCGGACUGCAAUGUGCUCACAGCUGCCUCUGUGACCUUGGCCUUCUGCCUCAUUAGCCCACUCUCUGUACAGCCCCCUAACCUUACUCUGUGAACUUCCUUUCCUAUAUCACCCACAGAACAGGGUGGAGGAGAGGUUGGGGGAUGGGCUUCCUCCCCUGUUUAAUUGAUUGUCCUCCUCCCCUGUCUGGGAGGGGGCUGGGGCCCACGGGAGAGUGCAGGGCAGGGUCGAACACAUCCCAUGGAACAGAGUCCCCUCCCCUUUGGGUGACAGGAUCCAAAAGGUAUAAAGCAUUAACUGGAGAGAGAGAGAGAGAGAGAGGACAAGCUUGAGUUAAUCAAUAUGUUUUUCUGACAUGUCUUGUGGGAGUAAUCCUCAUCAUUGCAGUACACAAGAGUGGCCACUUCAUUAGGUACACCUAUACACCUCGUUAAUUCAAAGAUCUAAUCAGCAAAUCGUGUGGCAGUGACAGUGCAUAAAAGCAUGCAGGCAUGGUCAAGAGGUUCAGAAUGGGGAAGAAAUGUGAUCUAAGUGACUUUGACCAUGGAAUGACUGUUGGUGGCAGAUGGGGUUUGAGUAUCUCAAAAACUGCUGAUCCCCUAGGAUUUUCACACACAACAUUCCCCAGGGUUCACAGAGAAUGGUGCGAGAAACCCAAAAACAAAAUCCAGUGAUCAGCAAUUCUGUUGGCGAAAAUACCUUGUCAAUGAGAGAGGUCAGAGGGGAAUGGCCAGCCUGGUUCAAGCUAACAGGAUCAAAUAACCACACAUUACAACCGUGGUGUGCAGAAGAGCUUCUCUGAAAGCACAAACUUGAACCUUAAAGUGGUUGUGCUACAGCAGCAAAAGACCAGGAACAUCCAUACGGUGGCCACUUUAUUGGGUAUAGGAGGUACCUGUGAAGCUGACAACCCAGUUCUGAUUAAGAUACACACUCUAUACAAGAUCUGACCACAAGCAAAAUUCUCAUUCUCAUUCUCUCUCUCUCUCUCUCUCUCACACACACACACACACACACACACACACACACACGCUCUGUUACCCGUGUGUUGCCUUGAUCAUGAAAGUGGGGCAGUUCUGAAGACCAGCAUUUCUCUCAAGCUGGCAUCUGAGAAAUAUCUACCUGUUCUGUAAAACUCCUGUCUUGUGGACAGGAGAGCCUCUACAUAAGGACAACAGCUAAGAAUGUAAAUUAGAUUUAUAUGUGUACUGGUGUAAAUAACUGGAAAAUUGUAUGCUGUCUGGAAUCCGAAUAUAAUUUUACAGCUUCUCCAAGGUUUUCUCUGUAAAGUGUUGCAAUAGUAUUUAUUUUCAAAACAAAAACAAUCAAGAAAUUUCUGUGUUCGAUGCCAACGUGUUCCCCUUCUGGUCGUACACCAGACCUGGUUACUUGUAUGUUUUUAACUGUUCCUAAAUUGUAUUCUACCUUUUUGGAAGGUAUUUAAUGUGAUAAUAUUAUGUUGUAAGCUAAUUUGUUCUACACGGUGAGCACAUUCUUGAAGUGCCUUAAAUUACCGCUUGUCUGAUUUAAUGUUUCCUGUCAACUUUUGUUAAUAAAAUAUUAUCAGG